GAGGCCACCGAAGCUUUGCGAGAAGCCGCGUCCCUUGCGCCCGACCGCGCCGAGUUGCACUACAACCUUGGAACAGCUCUGAGUGCUCAGAGCCGGCAUCAUGAGGCCCUGGCAGCCUACGAAAAUGCCCUGGGCCUCCGGACCGAGUUUCCAGCCGCCCACUUCAACCUCGCCAGGAGCUCUUUGGCUUUGGCUAACGAUGCCAGCAGAGACGAGGGCGACUUCUGGAAGCCGGAGGCGCGGCAAUCUCGCCUCGAGACUGCCCUGACGCAUCUCCAGCUUUCUGGCAGCCGCGAGGCGAAGGACCUGGCCGAGACUUUGAAAUCCUUGGAAGAGGUCUUUCACCAGCUCGGCCGCAAGGAGGAGGCCUGGGACGCUUAUCGGCAGUUGCUGGCCUUGGCGCCCCAGCAAGGGCUGAAGGUGCGGCGGCACGAAACCUGCGAAACCCUGGCCUUGUGGCUUGAGGACAGACUGCUGGAGUUGGAGGCACCGGCUGACAUCAUCUACCCAGAACUGUCCUCUGGCUUUCGCCAAGAGCUUUGUGCCCGGCAGAAGGCGUCGGAGACGCGGAGCUCCGAGGUGCAACAAAGGACAUUUCACUCCGAGUUCCAGCAGAACGGUUUUGCGAAGCUUCCACGAGAACAGAUACCUCUCAGUGACGAAGCCAUUGCCUCGGUGGCUGAAUACUUCAAUGCAGUGCACAAGGCUGGCGGUUUCUAUCGAGACUCGAAGAAG